AUGGCGCACGUUUCGUACGAUCAAAGCCAUGUCUACAUCAAGUCGGAGGCGGGCCUCGACCAAAAGCAAACCUUAACUCCCGGACCGAGUCCAACGAUGUCAGCUGCACCGUUUCCGCCAGGCCCGAACAACGUCAAGAUGGAGCAGACUCCUGAACCUUAUAACAUCAAGCAAGAGGAGUAUCUCCAACAAGAACGAGAGAGCACCGUAGGUACUAUGGAUGCAACCACACGCACCACGAACUGGGUACUACAAGGGAACAACGGCACUGUCGGUCAGGCUGUACCAGCUCUUGGGUCAGCUUUUUCGACACCGGUUCCAACUACUCAGGCAGCGACUGCCCCAGCUGCUCAGACGACGGCAGCUCAGAUCACCCAGAACUCCAUGGCGUCUAGCAGAUACGCCCAACCAGAGAUCCAGGCCGACCCGUCUCCAGCGGCAUUGAACCGUCUGGCAUCCAAGAGACUCCUCGAAGAUGAUUCUUUCUGUACAGGAUCACCAACAAACAAGCGCAUCAAAGCCGAGCCAUCCUCCUCAGUCUCCGGCACCGGCGUUCCUCGCAUCAAGUUGGAGCCCUCCAGCUCCCACACAGAAACCCCUCCUAUGCACCGCGCACCCGAGAACGACAUAACCGAAAUCAUCAAGACAUGCACAAAAGUCAACCUCAAACCUUUUGAACUCGAGUACCUCAGCAAGAUCCAAACUAGAAUCGACUGGGUCUUCAACCAUGGCGCAAAGUCUUUCGACAUCCUUUCCGAGAUCAAGGCAAUGCCGAAUAACCCGCCUGAUUCCUACACGUUUAGUCUCAAGCCCGAACAGAAUCGCCGCAUCGGCGAAUUGCAGAAGAGGAUGAAGGACGCUCAGACUCAAUUUAAUGCUCAGGGUGUGAAAGCCAACCCACUCUCGACUCCUAAGGGCAGGAAGAUCAAGAAUUGUCGGGCGAGGACUGCGAAGUCGCCGUCGGUAUCUGCAGAGCAGGGAUUCAAGGUUGAGAAGCUUUUGGGCAUGCUGAUGCUGAAUGACGAGUCUGGGGCUGCUGUUGCUCAAGCGGCGUCCAACUUGCUUGCUAGUAGGGGGCUGAAGUUUACUCUGUGUGGAAAGGAGUUGCGGUUGGUGGAAUCGUAG